AUGUGGAGAGCGUCCGACAAGCUGAUGGAGACUAUCCGUCACUAUGCCUCGUUCCCCGCAACAGGAGUCUCACUCAGGCAGAUGGUCCAGUUCGGCGACAGGCCGUCCACUGGAACCCUCUUCCGCGCAUCCCAGUUCUUGUCCGAAGAGCUACCCAUCCGCCUCGCACACCGUGUCCAGGAACUCGGUGACCUCCCCGAUGGCUUGAAUGAAAUGCCGUCCAUACGGAAAGUCCGUGAUUGGUAUGCACAGUCGUUCGAGGUCCUCGAAGAAGCUACCCCUAAUCCAAGCAUACGAGACGACCGAUAUCGAUCCUCGACAACCUCGAUCCUAAGAGCAAACGGCACCAUCACCAAUACUAACAAUGGAGUCGCCACUAUCGGCAACGGGAACGGGAGAAGAACAGUGGCCGGGAACAAAAGAUACUUCGUGUCUACCGACGAUGGCCAAGACUGGCCGCCCGAGCUGAACGAAUACAACAACAGGUUCUCCAAGACCCUCCAUCACAUCAAACGGCGGCACGACGGCGUCGUAACGACCGUCGCGCAGGGGAUCCUGGAAUACAAACGCAAGCGCCAACGCAUGCAGAUCGACUCGAACAUCCAAUCCUUCCUCGACCGCUUCUACAUGUCCCGCAUCGGCAUCCGCAUGCUGAUCGGCCAGCACGUUGCCCUCACCGACCAAACACACGUCCACCACCCCCACUACGUCGGGAUAAUAUGCACAAAGACCAACGUGCGUGAGCUGGCCGAGGAGGCCAUCGAGAACGCCCGCUUCGUUUGUGAGGACCACUACGGCCUCUUCGACGCGCCCAAGGUGCAGUUGGUCUGCCGGCCGGAUUUGGAUUUCAUGUAUGUGCCUGGCCACCUGUCGCACAUGCUCUUUGAGACGUUGAAGAACUCGCUGCGGGCCGUUGUGGAGACCCAUGGGGCGGAGAAGGAGGCUUUCCCUGUGACAAAGGUGAUUGUUGCGGAGGGCCGAGAGGAUAUUACAAUUAAGAUCUCGGAUGAGGGCGGUGGGAUUCCGCGGUCGUCUAUCCCGCUUGUGUGGACGUACAUGUACACCACGGUUGACCAGACGCCGAAUUUGGACCCGGACUUUAAUAAGAGUGACUUCAAGGCGCCGAUGGCUGGGUUUGGAUAUGGGUUGCCCAUCAGCCGGCUUUAUGCGAGGUAUUUUGGUGGGGAUCUGAAGUUGAUCAGUAUGGAGGGCUACGGCACAGACGUCUACCUCCACCUCAACCGCCUCUCUUCCAGUUCCGAACCGCUCCAGUGA